AUGCCUCCAUUCUGGCGGAUCGAAGAUUCCUCCGAUAUUCCGGUAGCAGACGUGGGUGGACUUUACGUUAGGGAUGCCAACAAUGAUAACAGCCUCAAUGCCUCACCUUCCAUCAACCUUGAGACCCCCUCUAUCUUCGGUCGUGAUUCAAAAGACACAAAGCCAGCCUAUGGAAAAGGCACGGUCGACCCACACAGCAUCAAGAUGCAGGGCCUGAUGGCCUUGUUUGCCAUCAUCGGUCUGCUUUUUGUCUUGGCAACGAUCUGGUUCUUUUUCUGGGCUAAGAACGGCGGGUUCGUCUGGCGCAAGGGCGACUGGGACGACUACAAGUCCACGGUUCUACGACGAAAGGGACCUAACGGAGAGACUCUAAGUAACGCCACUAAGAGUACUCGGCUCGGAGGCGGAAGCAUUGUUGAUAGGAAUUACACCGACGAUGGAUAUUCGUACACAGAAGGAUCAUACACCGAGACAGCGACGACCGUGACCGAAGAGAAGUCAAACCGCAGGAAGUUCAAGGAGAACGCUAAAGAAAAGCUUCUCCGACGCAACAAGCGCGACCAAUGGGAAGGAGCAGAGGAUGCUGACGUGCGCGCAUACCGGGAAGAGAAACCGGCCCGCAUUGGCGGCAUGAAUCGCGAAGCCGAUGGAACCUACCAUGGCAGUGAUUAUGACACCUCCGCCCCGCCAACCUCCUAUCAACAGAGUGAGAUGAGUCAAUCUCGUGACUUUGCCUAUGACCGGCCCCAGCCACGCCGCCAGACCCGUGAGCCUUCUGGCUUCUCUUUCACAGAAGGAAGCGAGGACGUGAUCAGUCAAGCAACCGAGGAACGCCGUGUUCGUGACCCAUCCACUCGCCGUCAUAACCGUCGCCGUGAUCGUCGCAGCGAGGUUGCGCCAUCGGGUCCACCUCCCGCCCCGUCCUCUCGUACUAGCAGCCCUCGUAAGCACCGUGAUCGUCGCUCUGCGGUUAAGGGCCACUACACUGAGCCCCUAGAUUUCUCGUCCGCCGGGUCCCGUUCUGAAUAUCAAUACUCCAAUGUCGACACCGAAGACUCUGGAACUAAGAGUUACAAGCACCCCAUCCCGGGCUUAACGAAGGGAUAUCGCCGGGAUGGACGGAGUCGUCGUCGUGACAGCUUGAGUGACAGUGAGGGCGAGACACAAUAUUCUUGA